CACACAGAGCACUCGAUUACUGUAUUUAAAUUUAAAUAGUAUUUCACUUUUUUUUCUUUUUUUUAUAAAUAUAUUUAGUUUUAAAAAUUGCGAAAGCGAACCAUAAAUUCAUAUUGUGUCGUGCAGAGGAUUCACUCAACAACUAUUGAAACGUAUCCGAGUAAAUAAGAUAAACAGAUAUAAGAAAGGAACUAGGAAGGACAUACUUAGCACAUAUAUAGGACAUAUAUAAAUAUAUAUAUUUCAAGGACAAUAUGCCAAAACAGUCGAUUAGCGUUAAGAAGAGCUCGCUCAGCGCGGUCGAACAAUACGAGCUGAAUCAAUGGCUCGAAGAAAAUAACAUUAGUUCAACAAAUUUGCGACGAUCCUUUACGGAUGUGUUGCCCUUGGCCCGUCUACUCUCCCGAUACUAUCCAGACAUAAUUGAUCUCAACUAUUAUCCUCCGCGGAAUAGCGUGCAGAAUAAGCUAUGCAAUUGGGAAUCGUUUAACAAACGUGUCCUCUCCAAAUUAGGCUUACAGCUGACGCGAGAGCAAAUGAUUCGCGUGGCGCGCAGCGUGCCUGGCUCUGUGGAUCAGCUGCUGUAUAGCGUCAUGCGGGUCCACAUGGCGGCCGAGAUGAAGGCGCGCGAAGAGCAUGAAUCCACCGACGAUUAUGACGAAUCGGUGCCAACGGCAACGCUGCUGCCAUCGGCCGAUACGGAGGACAAGCUGGAUGAAGUAAAGCCAUCGCCCUUGCCGCUGCCUACGGCGCCGCCACUGAUGCUGGCCAAUAAGUUUAACAAGCCGUUAGGUGUGACGAAGGCCCAGGACAAUAAAGAUCAAACUACAAUUUCAGUCAAGAGCCUGAAACAGGCCGCAGCAUUGCCGCCAACAGCUAUGAAACGAACAGGUCUGUCGCGAGGCGGCACCGGAAUUGGAGGUGGCGGUACACAACGUACGGGACGCAAUAAGCGGCAGUUGCAGCAGCAUAGGAACGCCCAUGUUGCAGCAGCGGCCGCCGAAUCGCCAUCAGCGGCAACAGCAACAACAGCAGCAACGCCAGCCAGAGCAACGGCAUCAACAACGACAGCGUCGCGACUAAGAGGUGAACAAGCCGCCAAUCAGCUGCAGCGAAGAAACGCUAAGAUCGCCAGAUUUGAUCAGUGGAGCGCCCAUCUGGAGAAUAUGUUGCAGCUAAAAUGUGAACGGAUCGAUGAGCUGCAACGUCAGGUGGCCGUUGCAAUGUUAGGCGCACGGCAAGUGGGGCGACGAGCGAGGCACAAGAAGCGCCAUACGUCAACCACGAUUGGCGGCAUGCUCGAGGCAGCUAAAAGGUUAUAGUAGAUUACACGCACACACUCUCACACUCACAUACAAACAGACGUGUCGACCCGACCCACACACACUGACGUAUACUGGGCCCAUACACACGUACGCACAGACAUGCCAAAUACAUGUUGUUUCCGUUCGGCUGUUCG